GUAUCCCUCUCCGUUUCUUUCUUGGGUACCUAUAUCAUCUUCCCAAUCCCUUAGUUGCCUUGCCUUCCAACUGGUUCAUCGUAACACUCCAAACUCUCGCAAACCCCAUCGCAAACCGCCAGACUUAUCACAACCCACUCACUCGAUCACAGCUCGCAUCCCGACCGACAAGUCCCCCAUCACCACCAAGCUGCCUCAAACAUGUCCCCUUCCAACUCCAAGAUCUCGCUCACCAACCCCUCCAUCCCCCUCGACUCCCUCAUCCUCGUAACCGGCUGCAACGGCCUCAUAGCCUCGCACGUCGCCGACCAAUUCUUAUCAGCAGGUUACCGCGUCCGCGGCACCGUCCGCUCCGCCUCCAAAACCUCCUACCUCACCACCCUUUACUCCCACCGCCACCAAGGCCCCGGGAGAUUCGAGCUCUUCGAGAUCCCCGACGUCACGGCCCCCAACGCCUGGGAUGACGCCGUCAGGGGAGUGGCGGGGAUCGUGCACUGCGUGGGAGCCACGGACCUGACUACGCAGGAGCCGGAUAAAGCUGCUAAGAAGGAGUUGGAGUGGCAGGUUGGUUUGCUGGAGGCUGCUAAGCGGGAGGGGAGCGUCAAAAGUUUUGUGUUUACUUCUUCGGCGUGGGCUGUUUGGACGCCUGAUGCUAGUAAGAAGGUGACCCUAACAGAGGAGAGUUGGAAUGAGGAGGCUAUCGCCCUGGCAAGGGAUAAGGAUGUUGAUCCGAAGAAGAAGGGUAUGGCGGGGUUCAUGGCGCUUAAGACUCUUGUUGAGCAGGGUGUUUGGGAUUGGGUAAAGCGCGAGAAGCCUGGUUUUGCGUUCAAUACCGUGCUGCUUGAUACUGUUCUUGGAGAGUGUCUUGAUCCGAAGAACCAGGGAAUCCCGAGCACGCCGGGCAUGGUCCAUUGGAUCUGGGAGAACAAGCACAUGGCUAUUAUCGACCUGAUGGAGCCGCAGUGGUUUGUGGAUUGUGUGGAUAUGGCCAAGGUGUACGUCGCUGCGCUGGCGUCGAGUCCGAAGGUGGAUAGGGAGAGGUUGUUUGCUUUUGGGGGACGGUAUAGCUUUGAGGAGGUGGCGCGGUUGCUGGGGGAGAUGUUUCCUGAAAGGAAGGAGAAGUUGGGAAAGCCGAAGAGGAAAGGGUGGGAUCAGACGGAGGUGCCGAACCAGAGGGCGGAGGAGUUGCUGAAGAGGGUGGGACAGAAGGAGGGCUGGACGAGGUUGGAGGAGAGUGUGAGGGCGAAUGCGGAGAGUAUUCUGGUGUUGGAGAGGGCGGGUGUUAAGAAUGUGCCGCAGAGUGCGUAUGCGAACUAGACUGGGGAGGAGAUGGUGUUAAUGAUGAGAUCGAAUGUUGGGUAUAUAGAGGAAUACAUACGAUAGCUUGGUUCAAUGUCUGAACACCUUGGGUAUGCACUACACUCGCGCGAUCGUUUGCGCGGCCGCCACG